CAUCAUACAUGCAUUUAACACCUCCAGUUCCUUCUACUUACCUACCUCUUACCUACCUACCUACCUCUUUGUAGGCCAGCCCUCUCCAGAACGCGCCGUCCAUCUUUACGUCUCGCCAUGUUGCGGGCAGACGAAGCCUUGAGAUAGCAGCUUAAUUGGCUGCCAGAAUCCUCGCUGUCCCUCCCUGCCUAUGAUAUCCCGACAAUUGGGCAUGCGGAUGAAGGUCCCAACAGCCUUGAUUAGCCAUGUAUUGGCCUAUCGGAACCCCUAGAGUGUAUGCGACAACCACCCAAGCUCCCACCUCGACCUCGAAUCCUAUCCUAUCUCACGAUGGCAUCGCCUCCGGUUCCGCCGCCGACAAUGAAUCGCUGUCCAGCAAAUCUUUGUCCAGUAUCGAGCCUCCGCCUCCUAUAAUACACGAUGAACCGGAUCGAAGCAGCAUACCAGACCGAAACCUGCCCGACAGAAUUGCGCCAGACACCCUCGCGCCACCCAUCACGCCAGGCCUCAGAACCCCAGCUACGCCAGCCGUAAAUUCCGUAGAGCAUGAUACCUAUCACGAUGGGGGCUGGCAAGGCUUUCAGCAGUUUCUUCCGUCGUCUGGGCCGGUCGCCAGCAUCCCAGCUUCGGAUCCUGUCGUUGCGCUGAAGGUAUCUAGGACAGGCCACCUAUUCGCCGUUAUUACGGCCACUACCAUGACAAUAUGGCAGACCAAGCCGACCGUAAUCCAGGCCGUUGUCGUCCGAUCCGAAGCAUCCGUCAAAUCCUACGGCACCAACGUAGCGCUUCUACUCAGACCCGAUUCUGUUAUCUUCGUAGUCCAGACUAGCCUGGGGUAUUUGAUAACGUAUUCGCUCGCGACCGAUGCCGAAUCCCGCGUGUACAAACCCCACUUCUCAGAUCACAGCAAUAUACAAAGGCGGCGGCAAAGCCACUUCGGAGGUCCCGGUAACAACGCCCCCGACCAGAUCUUAUUAGGACCGGGCGAAGGGGUUGGGGUCCGCGAUAUUAGCGUCCGCUUUCGGAGGGUUAUCAAAGUCGAUGCUGGUAUUCAGUGUGCUAUCGCCCUCGAUGACGAGCUGGUCGUGGCGACCAAGAAGCCGGCCGCUGUGCAAUGUAUUCGGUGGACCCCGGACAGCACCGGCAAUCAAACCAGCACCGAGCUUGUCAGUCGGAUGGGCUGGUUAGAGAAGAAGGUGUCGAUCAAAGAAAUGACCCAUGAUCGGCCCAUGAACCUCUCUACUUGGGUCACGAGCGACGGCAAAGCCUACGCGGUCCAACGAAUCUCGGCCCGUCAAGCCGAGGAUAAUGCCGAGUUCGAUCCUAAGAAGUUAUUCAAAGGUUACUGCUUCCAUUCUCCACAGAGGGGCGGAGACCACGCUACGAAAGCCGUCGUCAACGCUCGGUUUUCACUGAUUGCCGUUGGCUGUGCUGACGGGAGCAUCCGCGUAUAUUCCGCCCGGGAUUAUGCCGGCAAUAUCCCCUCUUCCCACGUCCAUCGACUCCCGGUCUCCCCGGAAGCCUCAGGUCCCCUUACCACUCUGAGCUAUUCACCUGAUGGAUAUUGCCUCUUUGCCGGCUACGAAAACGGGUGGGCGACGUGGAGUGUGUUUGGCAAGACGGCUAGUCAUAGCUUCAGCGCCAACCCUUCGAUUAGCUUUGCCAAUCGGGAAGGGUGGUUGGACGGUAUAACGGAAGCUUGUUGGAUCGGCGGGGCUUGCGAGAUAUUAAUGGUCGUUCCCCAGAGCGAGGCUAUCUGGUUGCUUGAGAUGGCGCGGAGUGCUGUGACUGGCUGCUAUAGCCCCCCGAAUCUCUUCCGCACCGUAUUGCAGAGCUCAUCCAGCGUCAUGGUUUACCGCGGUUAUGAUCUCCCGGACCUCACCAGCAUAUCUGCCGAGCCAUUCCUUUGGCACAAUGCGAGGAUACCUUCGAAUUAUCUUUUAAACCAAUGGCCGAUUAAGUGUACCGUCAUAUCCUCCGACGGGAGGUAUGUCGCGGUUGCCGGGAAGAGGGGCCUCGCACACUACAGCGUGAAUAGCGGUCGGUGGAAGACGUUUGCGAAUGAGGCUAUGGAGAACGAGUUUCAGGUUAGGGGCGGGAUGUGUUGGUAUCAGCAUAUCCUUGUAGCCGCUGUUGAGGCCAACCGGUCGUACGAACUCCGUCUGUAUUCGAGAGAAGCAGCGCUCGAAAGUUCGACGGUGAUGUUCACGCAGCAGAUGCCAGCGCCUAUCGUUCUAAUUACUCCUUCAGGGGAUGACUCCUUGCUGGCUUAUACCUACGACAAUCUCCUCUACCAUUUUGUCUUUGCGCCGGUUUCUGGCGCUAUACGACCUAUACAAGUGGGCCAGAUCGCUUUCCACGGUAUUGUCAGGUCGCCCGCGAGGGUGAGGGGGCUGAGUUGGAUCCUACCCGAGAGCCAGAUGACGGACGGCGACCCGUCACAAGACGUCGCAUUUGCAUCGGUACUUUUCCUUGUGGACGGGAAGCUCGUCCUCCUCCAACCGUCGCUUAAUCACGAAGGACAGCUCAAAUACGACAUGCGCCUCAUAUCUCACAACGUGGAAUUCUACGCAAGUAUGAGAGACCAGUCAUAUGUCAGCAUGUUGAAAGAUGGUAGCUCCCGCUCCCCGGUUAGCAACGAGGAGAGCAGUCUUCGCAAUUCACUAUGGGUAUAUGAGGGCCACGAAUUAAAGGUGUGGCCCGAUGUGCAAGAAGUUCUGCGGGCGACCUCGGUUGAGCCGGCAAGGGGGUUGCCCCCUACGGUCUGUAUGCCGAUAGACUUCUACCCCCUUUCUAUCCUCUUGGGCAAAGGGAUUAUUCUAGGGGUCGAGCCGGAACUAGUGCAGCGAAGAGACAUCAGCUUCUCCUUUUUCCGCUUCUCUAUCCGGACUCACCUUUUUCUUCCCGAGAUAUUGCGGUUCCAUCUCGUGGCUAACAACGCCGCCGCGGCACUCAAACUAGCUCAGCAGUACGAGACGCUCGAGUACUUCGCACACGGGUUAGAAGUGCUACUCCACCACGUUCUCGACGAGGAGGUUGACUUGGCGCCGAAGCCAGAAGCUGCGAUCCUGCCAAGGGUGCUCUCCUUAUUAUCCUCGUUCAAGCAAUACCUGGAUAUAGUAGUUCAGUGUACGAGAAAAACCGAAGUCAGGUCAUGGCGGACGCUCUUUGCGUACCUGCCCCCGCCGCAAGAGCUGUUCGAGGAAUCGCUCCAACGCGGGUCGCUGAAGACGGCCGGAGGCUACCUAUUGAUACUACACACGUUCGAGGAGCUGGACGCCGCAUCGGAACAAUCGGUGCGACUAUUCUCGCGAGCGAUUCGUGAAGAGGAUUGGGAGCUAUGCAAGGAGUUGGCUCGGUUUCUGGCGGCGAUGGACGAAAGCGGGGAGACGCUCAAGGGGGCUAUGGAGUUGGUGAACGUGCGCGUCAAGCAAGAGUCGGACGACGGCGACGUGAUGAUGAGACUCGAGGUUCCGACGCGGAAAGCUAACGGCAGUUUGCGUCUAACGCGACAGAACUCGGAUGUCAGCUCUGACAUGCAAUCGGGCAGCGACAUGAGCAGUAUCAGCACCGCGAGCCCGAUAUAGCAACAGUGCGGUGGCGGUUUAGGAUAUGAUACAGGUGUGGCCGGGCUGGAAGGCGUUCGUCUUUUUCCCUCUUCUUUUGAUGUUGCACUACCCGCAUGAUGAUUGGGGAAGAAGAGUUGUACGGCAGCCUUGGAUUGUCGGCGAUACGUAUUCGACGAUAGUGAGGGAUGACGCGCCUGCUUAUAUAUAUAUAUAUAUACACACAUAUACAGGUGAUUUCGCUCUAGGCAUCCCUCACCUGUGUGUAUAGCAAUACAGACGGCGGCGAUAUCCCGCCGUGUCCUCACAAUCGACACGCCUGACCUCAAUACAGAUGAUUCAAGCUGUUAUCACCUGCCUACCUACCGCCGAGGCCCUUUUAAAUCUGUUUCCGUACACAUCUUGUCUUGUAGCAGAAGAUACCUAGGUACCUAGGUAGGU